AUGCAAUCAGACGCAGAAGCGGGCUCGACCUCACAACUCGCGUCGGUCGUGGCAAUUACACUAACAGUACAGUCGUAUUCCUCGCCUGCACUCGCCGUCGUCCAUCAGAGUAUUAUUAUGACGACGCUAAGGUCUCAUCUCUUAUUCCACAUCCUUGCUAUUUUGUCUCUCGAACAAGGCACUUGCCACGCCUUAGUAGAUCCAGUGCCGUCCUUUGUGUAUCCUGAAGGAGUCUCCUUUUAUGCCUCAUCUUCAACCCAUGGACGCGCAAUUACUAGAACGACAUCUAAUUGGACCAGACGUGCAGAUGGAGAGGUAGAGGAAGACGUGAUCUGUCACCCCGCUGGUUCAUGCGAGGCAUGUCCAGACGAUCUCCUACAAGAACCAUACUGCCAACCAUUUGGAAAUAGACGUUUACUACACUGUCGCGUGGUCUCUUCCUCCACGCCAAAUAACGACGUACAAGACUCCGAGAACGCACCAGACAGGACGGAUGGGGCAGCUGAGUCGCCACCAUCGCAUAAUCCAGCUGACCGGCCACCACAGUCAGCUCUUCCCGCUUGGGAGUCUUGUGGAAGGCGCGUACCAAAAGAACGAGCUGAUUUCUUCGAGUUCGUCUUGUGCAACGUCAUUUUCGCAGCAUUGGCUCUCACUGGUGUGCUAAUCCGCUCAGAACGUAUGAGGGCCGUGCGUGCGCGACGACUCGCAGCGCGUAUCGGUGUCGGGUUGCGAAGAGCAUCCAGUGGUAGCUGGGCGGCAAUGGGAGGCAUGGGAGCAGCACUCGUUGGCACGGAUGCUCAGAGUGCUGAGGGAGAGGAGCUGAUGAGGGAGGAUGCUUCAGGAUCAUGAUUUUGGACUUGUGUUGUCUCUCUUACUCUUUCUACCUGUUUGCUUCCUGCACUUCAGAGCACUAGGUACAUUGAAGCUGUCGGCACGCGGUUUCGUGGCAAUUAUAGUUGCACAUCUCGUAUUUGGCCCCGAGUUAACCUUCAAAUGUACGACUCAAGACUAAACGUUUCUGAACUACACGGCGUCAUACUCUCAUUC